CGUCAAAUCAUUGAUGGCGUUUCUGCGCAAGUGAAGUGUUGUGAGCGGAAAAGUGUGAUGAAAUUCCGCAAUUUUGUGUGAUUCAGUGUGGAAAGGAAUGAUUUUUGUACGUCAAGAGUAGCUCAAUCCCUUUCUCAAUCUCUCCCUGUUGUCUAUAAGUGUGAAGAGUGCGUUUUUUCACCAUGAAAGUGUCCAAGGCCACUUGUUUUGUAAUUUGCCUUAUCGUGGGAGCUGCAAUUGCCAGCGAGAAUGUCUCCUCGUCGACUGCAGCACCAUCGUCUACUGUGCGCGCCAACGCAACAUCAGCGGAGAUCGUGGAUCCACCAGAGGAGGCGAACAUCACGAACGCGGACAGUGAGCAUGCCGGGGCCGUGAGUCCUGCGAGUCCUGUGCCGAACAACAGCACGGAUUCACAUGACUUGCCCGACACUGGAGCCGUCGAGAGGGAGCACAACAGCUCCCUGAACAUAUUCUUCGUGCUGUGCGUGAUCGCUUUGGGAAUCCUGUUGAUUCACAUGAUGCUGCACACUGGCUUCCAGUACCUGCCAGAAAGUAUCGUCGUGGUGUUCCUGGGCGCGCUCAUUGGACUGCUGAUAAAUGCUCUGUCGGAAGGCAACAUUGCCAACUGGAAGCGCGAAGAGGUGUUCUCGCCAACAGCCUUCUUCCUCGUCCUCCUGCCGCCCAUCAUCUUCGAGUCUGGCUACAAUUUGCACAAGGGAAACUUCUUCCAAAACAUCGGCUCCAUCCUGGUUUUCGCCAUCAUUGGGACCACGAUCUCAGCUCUGGUUAUCGGUGCUGGAGUGUACAUUCUGGGCCUGGCAGAUGUGGCUUAUCACCUUAACUUCGUGGAGUCCUUCGCCUUCGGUUCGCUCAUCUCGGCUGUGGAUCCUGUGGCCACUGUUGCCAUCUUCCACGCCUUGGACGUGGAUCCAGUGCUCAACAUGUUGGUCUUUGGAGAGAGCAUUCUCAACGAUGCCAUCUCCAUCGUCCUGACAACGACUGUCAUGGAAUCCGCCAAGUCAUCGGUCGGCGAGGCCGCCGUGAGCACUGGCGAGGGACUCCUCUCGGCCUUCUACACCUUCUGCAUGAUGUUCUUUGCCUCCGCGGGCAUCGGAGUGGUCUUCGCCCUCAUCAGUGCCCUCCUGCUGAAGCACAUCGACCUGAGAAAGCACCCCUCGCUGGAGUUUGGCAUGAUGCUGGUCUUCACGUACGCUCCGUACGUCCUGGCAGAGGGCAUCCACUUGUCCGGCAUCAUGGCGAUCCUCUUCACGGGCGUCGUCAUGUCGCACUAUACGCACUUCAAUCUCUCAACCGUCACGCAAAUCACCAUGCAGCAGACGAUGCGGACGCUCUCCUUCAUCGCCGAGACGUGCGUGUUUGCCUACUUGGGACUGGCCAUCUUCUCCUUUCAGCACCGCUUCGAGGUGGCUUUGGUGAUCUGGUCGUUGAUCCUGUGUCUGCUCGGCAGGGCGUGCAACAUCUUUCCGCUGGCGUGGCUGGUGAACAAGUUCCGGGAACAUAAAAUCACCAGCUCAAUGCAAUUCAUCAUGUGGUUCUCUGGUCUCCGCGGAGCGAUUUCCUACGCCCUUUCACUGCAUCUGGACUUAUCGAGUGACGAUUCUCGGCAUGUGAUCAUCACCACCACGCUCAUCAUUGUCCUGUUUACCACGCUGGUGUUUGGCGGAUCGACAAUGCCUCUGCUGAAGUAUCUGCGCGCUGGAAAAAAGCCGAAAUCCACGAGAUCUCUGCGCAGGAACAGUCGUCGACGCCGAGAUGUGCCCAUUUCGCUCUCCAAGACACGUGAAUGGGGUCAGGCGAUCGAUUCUGAGCACCUUUCUGAACUCACUGAGGAGGAGGAGGUGGCCUUCUCGAAGACACGUCUGGGUGGCUUCGCCCGUAUGGACAGGAAGUACUUAACGCCAUUCUUCACGCGACGCUUCACGACGCAGGAACUGCACGACUGCAAGAGUCAGAUGGCUGAUCUCACCAACAAGUGGUAUCAGGCCAUUAGAGUCUCUCCCGAGCACACGGACGAUGAGGAGGACAUGAUCUCGCGCCAAACGGAUCUCGGAUCAUCUCAGUCAACCCUUCCAGUGGGAACGCCAAGUAAGAUUUAAAGUAGGUUAUCCGGGGAUUUCGCUGGGGAUCGCAGGAAUCUGUGCAGUUUGCACGCUAUUCUCAUCCAACUAGUCUUGAUGUGCGGUUUCCAAAGACAAAUUUUGGACGUUAUUCAGCCAUCAUGCUUGCAAAAUUUGUUCUAUGGGAAUUCGCUUUGUUUUGACUCGAUUCCAAAUUCAAUAUAUGAGAUAUGUGGCGUUCAAUUUACCUAAUGCGUACUUGAGUGCGAAAAAUUAGCAUUUUCAAUUAAUUUCCCACAAUUAUACUAACAAAUGAGAGUGAAACUAGGAAAGAACAUAACUCUUGCUAUGUCUGUGCUGACAUUCCUAGGAAUUCCGCGUGCUCGCGGGUCACUGAUAACAAUAAAUAGUUCAAUCUAUAAAAUAAACGCCACUUACCGUUAUACAUUACAAUCAUUAAGUCACUUUUCCAUUGAAGAAUUCUGUGCCACGAAGAGGAGUGGUGCGAAUGGCGGGCAAUGCGCUGUGCGAUCCCUUUUGCGAAUCUCACUCUGUUGGUAUUCCUUUUUGACUAUUUAGAAAGAUUUUUGAAAUGGCUUUAAAUGACGAGAAAAAGUGGAACUUUUUUGUGAUACGAAUGAAUUUGUUGGAAGAGCUUUUAUUUAAGUGCUUUCUAAAGUUUAUUUGAAGUUAUAUACUUUAGUUAUGUAUUUCAAGUCAGUGAAGAAAACCACCAUAAUUUAAUUGUACUACAAGUCAACAGUAUGAAUAAAGCAAGAAAGUAUAAUUAUAA